AUGCUCUGGUUCAGGAAACAAUCGAUUCUCAAACCCUCACUGACCCCUUCAUUGAUUUUCAAGGUCGCACUCCUCUGCUAUCUCUCGUAUACCGAAUCUGCUCCCUUGGAAUCCCGUGUCGAUCAAGCACAACUCGAACUCGGGGAGGAAGAAGUCCGGGAGGGAAACAUCAUCCCAGGCGAGGAUGGUGCUCGGUUCACAGCUCAGAGCAAUAGAUUCGGAUACAAAAUCAUCGAUAAGUAUGGGAAUAAGCAGAUUCGAGAGGAGGAAGCCGACGCGUAUAACAACCGGAAAGGCUACUAUUCGUUCAUUGAUCACAACGGGAAACAUCGUAAGGUAGAGUAUGUCGCCGACAGGCACGGAUUCCAUGCCACCAUUAAAACAAACGAACCUGGGACCGCCCCCAGUCACCCGGCCGGGGCACAAACCAUUGCUCACUCGCAAAACCAAGUUGCUCCUGAGAGCAAUCGAUGGAGCUUCAUCGAAACGCCAACGAGGCCAUCUCCUACGACGACACGACCCGUCGCCGAACCUCAUUCCGUCUCCGAGGGCCACGACGGGAUCUCGACUCACAGAGCAUCGAUAGCUCACAUCGCUCAUGCUGGAAAGACGAUAGCUGUCACCAUGCCGUUAGAGGUGAUAACCCCGAGGCGGUCCGCUCCUGCGCUUGAACGGAAAAAGGACGUCGAUAUCCGACCCGUCAGCCUAUUCGUGCCCGGUCAUGCGAGUCUGAGAUCUCAUUCUGGGUCGGUAUCUCACUAUAGCUUCAAAUGGUGA